GCCAAAGAAUAGUGGCGAUUGAUGACCGUUCGUCUCGCAGCCUUCAUCCGCCCCCACUUCAUCCCCACCAGCCUCAGCCUCAGGCGAUUCAAUUGUUCCAUGGCCACUGAACACCUAUCAUCAAAGCCGUCCAUCACGCCAGGCGUGACGAAGGUAGGCUGGAUAGGGACGGGCGUGAUGGGCCGCUCCAUGUGCUCCCACCUCAUCUCCGCCGGCUACACUCUCACCGUCUUCAACCGCACCCCUUCCAAAGCCCAACCCCUCGUCCAGAUGGGGGCCCACCUCGCCGACUCUCCCCUUGCCGUCGCUUCCGCCAGCCACGUCGUCUUCACCAUCGUCGGCUACCCCGCCGACGUCCGCAGCGUCAUCCUCGGCCCUUCCGGCGUCCUCGGAGGCCUCCAGCCCGGUGGCGUUGUCGUCGACAUGACCACGAGUGAGCCUUCCCUCGCCGUCGACAUCGCCGCCGCUGCCUCCGCCAAGGGCUGCGUGUCCAUCGAUGCCCCGGUCUCGGGCGGGGACCGCGGGGCGAGGAACGGCACCCUUGCGAUCUUCGCGGGCGGGGAUGAGGCUGAGAUCCGACGGCUGGGGCCGCUUUUCGACCGCAUGGGGAAGGUGAAUUACAUGGGCGGUCCCGGGCUGGGGCAGUAUGCGAAACUCGCGAACCAGAUUACCAUCGCCUCGACGAUGGUGGGCCUUGUGGAGGGGAUGAUCUACGCGCACAAGGCUGGGCUGGACGUGGGCCUGUAUCUGGAUGCCAUCUCGACUGGGGCGGCGGGGUCGAAGUCGCUUGACCUGUAUGGGAGCAGGAUUCUGAAGAGGGAUUUUGAGGCGGGGUUCUUCGUGAAUCAUUUCGUGAAGGACCUUGGAAUCUGUUUGAUGGAAUGCCAGCGGAUGGGUGUGUCGCUGCCUGGCCUGGCAUUGGCUCACCAGCUGUAUGUGUCGCUCAAGGCCCACGGAGAAGGGGAUCUCGGCACCCAAGCGCUGAUUCUGGCUCUCGAGCGCCUCAAUAAUACGCAACUGAAACGAGUAACCCCAUCAUCCUAGACUUGUGUUGGUGAAAUGCCAAGGCCAUUGGUGGCACUUUUGCUGGUGUUCACACAUGAGCAAGGUCUGGACCAUUCAUCAGGUAGGGCCAUUGUAAACAACCCAUAACUUGGCCCAUGAAUCUGGUUUGGUACACCAUGUGAGGGGGAAAAACAGGCAGUAGAAAAGAUGACAAACAGCAUCUAUUCAACAUACACUUGUGGCUUACCUGAUGAGUAGACCCAUGACCAGUGAAUGUCAUCAAUUUUUUGGGCAGGGGAUGUUCACAACAGCCCCCAGCUUUUGAGUGGCCCAGAUCUUGCACGUGUGUGCGACACUGGCAAACUGCCUCCAAUGCAUCCUCGAACAUUGCCUUGAUGUUGCCCUUUGGGGUGGUCAGGUUAGCGGGUGUUUUCUUUUGAUUGUAUCACAUGAUUUUGAAUGAUUUGCACUUGGGAUGUUUGAAUGUGUUUUAUAAGUGAAACAGUGGUUGUAGUGUUUGACUUGGA